GUGUUCCAUCCGCGGAGGGAUUUGGGACGCGACCAUUUCUCACCCGACCGCUGGGAUGAAGGAGAGACGGGGACAUCCUCGCUUCUGACAUAAACGAUUUUAACGAAAACAACAACAGAAAAGACAAAGACUCGAAUUAUCCAUCAUUUAUUUAUAGCGAAUCUGAUAAAGAAUAAAAUCUGAUUCAAGAUGAUGGAAGAAAUCGACCGAUUCCAGGUACCGACGGAGGCAGAGAUGCAGGCCCUGGACCCGGCGUCCUCCACCGCCUCCGAGGGCGACUCGGACACAAGAGAGAACGAACCUGCCACCCUCAACUACAAACCCUCACCCCUGCAAAGGAAAAUAGAGAAACAGCGAGAGCUGGCCAGGAAGGGUUCACUGAAAAACGGCACAGCCGGGAGUCCCGUCAACCAGCAGCCCAAGAAGAACAACGUCAUGGCCAGAACAAGGCUGGUGGUUCCCAAUAAAGGCUACUCCUCCCUGGAUCAAAGCCCAGACGAGAAACCAUUAGUAGCUCUAGACACAGACAGUGAUGAUGACUUUGACAUGUCCAGAUACUCUUCGUCAGGAUACUCCUCGGCUGAGCAAAUAAACCAGGACCUGAACAUCCAGCUGCUGAAGGACGGCUACCGGCUGGACGAAAUUCCCGACGACGAGGACCUGGACCUCAUUCCGCCCAAAUCGGUCAACCCCACCUGCAUGUGCUGCCAAGCUACGUCUUCGUCCGCCUGUCAGAUCCAGUAAAGUCUCUCUCGCUAGCUCCCCGUCCCGCCCUCGUACCCGUUUAAAAGACAUUUAAUCUGUAUUACGGCACGAUUGUACAGGUAACGGUGCGCUUAUGAUUGGAAUGGUGUACAGGAGAACAGGAAAGGCGUACACACGUAACACAUAAACACAUCUAUACAUACACUUAUAUUACGUAUCAUUUACCUUAUGACUAUUAUUGGUGGCGUCCUCCUAUGGUAGGGCGCGAUGUACGCUAGUUAGCAAGGGUGGGCUGGUGUGUGAUACCUCCUGGCUGAGCUCGUGGAGGUCGAAAACUGAAUUUAUUAAACUGUGCGUAACUUGUCGAUGCUAGCGCUGAUUGAGUAGGCUAAUCCACUGUAGUGGCCGCUUCCAUGUCGUAGUUAUCGCUGUUUGUUUCUGUUUUGUUUAUUCGUUUGUUUUUUAUGAAGUUUGAGACACUGUAUGUGCUUAAAGAUGUCGCCGAGACACCGUU